UCUUAGCAACCCAAGAAUAGUAUAAUUGUAAUAUUUUUAUCCAUGCAACAUGGCCUCCUAAUAGUAUUCCAAUCCUGUUCCUUCCAUUUUAAUUAUUAACUAAACUACAAUUUAUAGCAUUAUGAUUCUGCUUUUAACUGUCCUGGGUGCCUCCUAUGCAAUGAUGGGCUUUGUAGUUUCAUGAGGCACUACAGCUCCCUGGAUGUAAAUCCUAAAAUGGUCCUCCCUAAACUGCAUAUCUUAGAGAUGGAACCAUGACAGUUUAAAAUGGAAUUAUACUGGUAUAACUGUGUAGUGUGGCAGCAUUUCCCCCUCUUUACAAACCCUAACAAAGUCCUCACAGACAGCAGAACAAUGUCGGACAAAGAAGAUGAGGCUAAAAAGAGUUGCCAGGAACUCAACCUGGCAGUAUUGGCUGAGAAAGAACAGCUUCAAUCUGCUUGGAAGGAAGAGUGUCAAUCCAAGCCUUUGGAAGAACCACUUUCUUCUGCAAAUUCUUCUGCUGAGGUUCAGCAAGGAAAGGCUUCUGCUUCUGCUGCUAGUGCUUCUGCUUCUUUUAAGAAGCCACUCCUAGAUGGAUGGGAUCAGCCAGCAGAUAAUCGCUGUAAUAACAAAGCAGAGAAGCACCAAGGCUUCCCAGCUGUCCAUGUUCCUUGUGUGAAACCACUGACUGUUGAAAACGAUAUCACCCACCCACAGCGCUGUGCUGCCAUUACAAGUGAUAUGUGUGACAUGCUCCUGGGGGACGAGCUGGACUACAAAGGUUGCAUGAGCAGCAUUUCCGCAUUCAUUCUGGAGAGAGAAGUUGCUGACAGUCAGAGCUCUUGCAAGGAGACCUAUGAACUGGUCGCUCUGGGAACAGGGGACGCUUGCUACAAAGGUUGGAUGGAGUUCAAGGGCAGGAGGCUCCAUGAUAUGCAUGGCAUGGUAGUAGCCCGCAGAGCCCUCCUGAGGUACUUUUAUAAGCAACUACUGAUGUACUCCAGCCAAACCCCCGCUGCCCUUGAGAGGUGCAUCUUCUGCCCAGCAGACGAUGGGGUGCACCUGACUCUGAAACCAAAGUACUAUCUGCAUCUCUAUAUGAGCCAAACACCCAGUGGAGCUGCGGAGAAUUUCCAAACCAGGUUGUCACCACCAAAGCCAGCUGCUGGACUUCAUGUUAACAUUAAAGGGGAGCUCAGGCCUGUCCCCUACUGCCGCCCCAGUGUACUGUCUUCCUACGUCUACUGUGUCUCUGGCAGUGAUAAACUGACCCGCUGGAGCGUUUUGGGUAUCCAGGGUGCCCUCCUCAGCCACAUCCUCCUCCCUGUGUACAUCACCAGCAUUGUCGUAGCUGAUCCUUACCAAGACCCUACCACCCUCAAUUGGGUCAUCAAUGAUCGUCUGAAGCUGGGACCAGGGGACAAGUUACCAGAAUCCUAUAACCAAAAGCAGGUGUACCUCUUUGACGGCCCCCGCAUAGCCCCCAUUGAGACACCUCCAGACUGUUGCUCCUGGAGCCUUAACUGGUGCGGUGGAGAUGAGAUGCUAGAACUUGUGAAUGCGACCGUCGGGAAGGCAGUCCGGGACAUUACAGACCCAGGAGACCAGUAUCGUCCUUGUCGGCUUUGCAAGGCUGCCAUGCUGAAGUCAUUCAGGAAGGUAGCACAUGAGAUGAAGAGGGAAGACCUGGUGUUGCUGCCCACGUACCACGAAGCCAAAGUUCAAGCUGAAGCCUACCAGAGUGCCAAGCGCCAGGUGUAUGACCAGCUGAGCUUGCAGGAUUAUGGCAAGUGGCCCCAAAAGCAGUUGGUGGACAUCUUUGCCAACUAGAAUUGGGAAGCACCCAAACCAAAACCAAACAUUGCCUAUUUUGCUAACAAGAGUUUACUGUUACAUCCAAAUGUGUACAGAGGCAAAGGAGAAAUGUACAGGCCCUGGUUUUCUGUUUUGACUGGUUAAAGAUUAAUUUUGAUUUAUUAGAAAAAGAGUUGGCUUGUUCUGUGUUUCUAUGGAAAUGUUCGCUGCCUUUGCAGUGUAUUCUUGUUAAAGACAUGUUUGCUGGUUGUUCAAACUGAGAUGAUAUUUGUGCUAUGUGAAUGUAUAUCCCAUUCAGAAUGGAACAUGGCGCAAUGACCUCUCCUCUUUUUGUCUCCCUGUGAACUUAGAAUCCCUUGAUUUAAAUAAAAGUCUUCAUUUUAAGCCUAA